AUGAUUUUCCUAUUUUAUCAAGAUAUCAUUUUUGAUAAAGGAGGUUACAAAGAAGAAACCAUUAAAUUACGACCAAGUUUGUAUGAUAUUGAGUGUUUUGGAGCUCAAGGCGGAACUUCUUACUCCUAUACUAAUAGAGAUACCUACACAAAGUUAAAAAAUGGAGGACCUGGAUCAUAUGCCCAUGCUAAAAUAAAGGUCGCAUAUUCAAAUAUUUCUCUGAGUGUUGAAAUUGGAGCGCAAGGAUACACAGAUUCAGGAGGCCAACCAGAUGGUGGCGAUCCUGCCAAAUAUGAUACUUAUCCUAUAAAAAAACCAGGAGGCGGCGGAGGAUCCAGCCGCGUUAGUUUAGGAGAUAUUCCUUUGAUUGUUGCUGCCGGUGGAUCAGGUGCUUCAAUUACACGCGAUGGUUCACCAGGUGGCGGAAAUAAUACAUGCUUCUACAAAGAACGUGGAAAUGAUAACUAUUUUGAAACAAGUGAAAAGAAAUAUAUGACAGAAGAUCGAAAUGGAGGACCUGGUAAAAAAGGUCUCGUGAUAAUCUAG